AGCAAUCAUGACGCAGAAAGUCAAUCUGUGCUCCGUGACCCUCGGAGUUCAGGGUAUGACUUGUGGAUCCUGUGUCCAGUCCAUAGAGCAGCGCAUCAGGACUCUUCCUGGUGUGAUACAUAUAAAGGUCUCUUUAGAACACAAGAAUGCCACCAUCAUCUUUGACCACAGCCAACAGAGCCCUGAGUCUCUAUCAGAGGCCGUCGAAGACAUGGGCUUUGAAUCAAGUCUGUCAGAGUCCAGCCCAGCCACACCCAUCUCUACAGAUACCCAGCUGAUCCCCACCUCAAGCCUGACACCAGCGGCCCAGCAGGAAGCUUUGGAGAAGCUGUCCCAGAUUCAGGGAGUGCUGGAUGUCAGGGAGAACCCGGCACAGACGGGUUUCAGUGUCACCUUUGUUCCUUCCCUGACUCCUUCGCUGCAGCUGAGCGAUGUGGUUUCCAGCUUUGCGACUCUUGAGAGCGCCACAUCCAGCGGCCCACUACAGAACAGCCCAACCUCGUCCCCAUCUCACACAUCAGAAGCCGGGGUAUCACUGCUGAAGUUGUGCGUUGAGGGGAUGACCUGUCACUCUUGCACCACCACUAUUGAAGGAAAGAUCGGAAAACUGAAGGGCAUUGAAAAGAUCAAAGUUGUUCUAGAGACUCAGGAAGCUACGAUUGUGUACCUGCCUUACCUCAUCACAGUCCACACCAUCAUUGAUCAGAUUGCUCUGGCCGGCUUCAAGGCGUCCGUCAAGUCCAAGCCCCGCCCUCUGCAGCUGUCCCCCAGCGAAAUGGAGCGAUUAGUUGAUUCACACAAACCGACCAUUUCGUCACCAUCAGACACAUCAGAGGAGACAGAAAUCUUCAUAGACACAACACUUACAAUGCUCAGGGUGAAGGGUAUGCACUGCCGAUCAUGCGUGGUCAAUAUCCAGGACAAUAUUUCUACGGUGCCUGGGGUCUCCUCUGUGGAGGUCUCUCUAGAGAAGGAGAAGGCCACCAUCUGCUACGAUCCUCUAAAGGUUACUGUUAAUCAGUUAGAGCAGGCAAUAGAGGCUCUGCCUCCAGGAAACUUUAGGACUCAACCCUGGGACUCCUCAUGUCCUCUCAGUCCUGUACCUUCAUCACCAACGCCUGCCUUAUCAUCACUGCGGCCUGCUGCCUUACCGACUUCUUUUAUUCAGCCUUUAGCAUCCACAGCUAAAAUUCACAUCGAGGGCAUGACGUGCAACUCCUGUGUCCAAACCAUCGAAGGCAUGAUCUCUAAAAGGAAGGGCGUGGUGUCGGCCCAGGUCUCUCUGGCUGAACACCAGGGGAUCUUUGAGUAUGAUCCUCUCCUGACCACACCAGAGGAGCUGAGGGAGGCUGUAGAGGACAUGGGCUUUGAUGCCUUCCUGCCUGAGACUAAUUCUCUGCUGCCGGCAUCAGAUUUCAGCCUCUCGAAGCCUUUGAGUCUAACAACUGUGAAAGAGCUGGAUGGCGACAUACACAGAGAAACUGCAAAAGAAGGCAACAAAGACACAAACUCUAAAUGCUUCAUCCAGAUUGGAGGGAUGACCUGUGCGUCCUGCGUGGCGAACAUCGAGAGAAACCUCAAGAACGAAUCUGGUAUCCAUUCAGUUCUUGUGGCACUGAUGGCAAGUAAAGCAGAGGUGCGUUACAACCCUGAGCUGAUGGACCCCGGGAGGAUCGCUGAUUGUGUGAAGGAGCUCGGCUUCACCGCCUCGGUUAUGGAGAACUACGAAGGAUCAGAUGGAAACCUUGAACUGGUGGUCAGGGGAAUGACGUGUGCCUCUUGUGUUCACAAAAUUGAAUCCAGCCUCAUGAGAGAAAAGGGGAUUAUUUAUGCCUCCGUUGCCUUAGCGACCAACAAAGCACACAUUAAGUACGACUCUGAAAUUAUAGGCCCGCGAGACAUCAUUAAGCUGAUCGAGAAUCUGGGCUUCGAAGCCACUUUGGUGAAGAGAGACCGCACUGCCAGUCACCUGGACCACAGCAAAGAGAUAAGACAGUGGAGGAAGUCUUUCCUGGUGAGCUUGAUUUUCUGCGUUCCCGUCAUGGGUAUGAUGACCUACAUGAGUAAGGACCAUCAAAUGCAUUCAUCACAUCAUCACAACACCACAGCGGAGGACCGAAACCGCUACCACUCCACCAUGUUCCUGGAGAGACAGCCUCCAGGCCUCUCCAUCAUGAACCUCCUCUCCUUCCUCUUCUGUGUGCCUGUACAGUUUAUUGGAGGUCGCUACUUCUACGUUCAAGCCUACAAAGCAGUCAAACACAAAUCUGCCAACAUGGACGUGCUUAUUGUUCUUGCCACCACCAUCGCCUUCACCUACUCCUUGAUUGUCCUGAUAGUGGCCAUGGCGGAGAAGGCAAAAGUCAACCCCAUUACCUUUUUCGAUACACCGCCGAUGCUUGUCUUCAUCUCUCUUGGACGCUGGCUAGAACAGAUAGCCAAGAGCAAAACAUCUGAGGCUUUGUCCAAGCUGAUGUCUCUACAAGCAACUGAAGCUACAGUGGUCACUCUGGGCAGUGACAAGUCUAUUCUCAGUGAGGAGCAGGUGGACGUGGAGCUGGUGCAGCGAGGUGAUGUGGUGAAAGUUGUUCCUGGAGGGAAGUUUCCAGUAGAUGGGAGAGUCAUCGAGGGACACUCCAUGGCUGAUGAGUCUCUUAUCACAGGUGAGGCCAUGCCAGUGACUAAAAAGCCUGGGAGCUCUGUGAUUGCAGGCUCCAUUAACCAGAACGGCUCCCUGCUAGUUAGUGCUACACAUGUCGGCAUGGACACAACGCUGUCUCAGAUUGUCAAACUAGUGGAGGAGGCGCAGACCUCAAAGGCUCCUAUCCAGCAGUAUGCAGAGAUCAGUGGCUACUUUGUUCCCUUCAUUGUCGGCAUAUCUGUCCUUACCUUGAUUGCCUGGAUUUUCAUCGGCUUUUUAGACUUCUCUCUAGUGGAGGAGUACUUUCCAGGUUACGACAAAAGCAUCUCCCGUACCGAGGCAGUCGUUCGCUUUGCCUUCCAGGCCUCCAUUACCGUGUUAUGCAUCGCCUGUCCCUGUUCCCUUGGCUUGGCAACACCAGCUGUCAUGGUGGGCACAGGGGUAGGAGCCCAAAACGGCAUCCUGAUAAAGGGAGGAGAGCCACUCGAGAUGGCACUAAGGUGCGUCCAGUCUGUGGUGUUUGAUAAGACUGGGACCAUCACAUAUGGUGCCCCCAAUGUUGUCCAACUCAAGAUAGUUGUGGAGGGGAAUAAGAUGCCUCGCUCUCGAUUGCUGGCCAUAGUGGGUACAGGAAACAACAGUGAACAUCCUCUGGGAGCUGCUAUCACCAAAUACUGCAAAAAGGAGCUGGGCACAGAGGCUCUUGGUGUUUGCACAGAUUUUCAGGCAGUGCCAGGCUGCGGCAUCAGGUGUCAAGUCAGCAACACAGAGAUGCUGCUGAAACAGGCGGACAGUGACAGUGACGACAACAACCAGCGCAACAGUGUCCUUGUCCAGAUCAGUGACACUAGAAUGUCAGAUACCUCGCAUCCUCUCAUCAUGGACCCACAGCCGCUAAGUCUCAUCAAGACAGAUGCCUACAUUGUUUUAAUUGGCAACAGAGAGUGGAUGAAGAGGAACUGUCUGCAGGUCCGACCAGAAAUAGAUGACGCCAUGAUAGAGCAUGAGCGCAGGGGGCGCACUGCUGUUCUAGUAGCUGUAGACAAUCUGCUUGCGAUGAUAGCCAUAGCUGACACGGUGAAACCGGAGGCUGAGCUGGCUGUUCACACUCUGACCAACAUGGGGCUGGAAGUUGUGCUGAUGACCGGAGACAAUAGCAAGACUGCACGGGCGAUCGCUGCUCAGGUGGGGAUCAAGAAGGUGUUUGCUGAGGUGCUGCCCUCACACAAGGUGGCCAAGGUGGAACAGCUGCAGCAGGAAGGAAAGAGAGUAGCCAUGGUGGGUGACGGCGUCAACGACUCGCCUGCUCUGGCCAUGGCUGACGUAGGCAUCGCCAUAGGAACUGGAACAGAUGUGGCUAUAGAGGCAGCAGACGUGGUGCUAAUCAGGAACGACCUCCUGGAUGUGGUGGGAAGCAUUCACCUCUCAAAGAAGACUGUCAAGAGGAUCAGGAUUAACUUUGUUUUUGCUCUCAUCUACAACCUGAUUGGCAUUCCUAUAGCUGCUGGUGUGUUCCUUCCCAUUGGUCUGGUGUUACAGCCGUGGAUGGGCUCUGCUGCGAUGGCGCUGUCAUCUGUCUCUGUGGUUUUGUCCUCCCUUCUACUCAAAUGUUACACUAAGCCCACUGCUGAGAAGUUGGAGGCCAGAUUUGGUAGCAGCAGGCGGCAGGGCAGUCUAUCAGACGUCAGCGUCCACAUUGGCAUGGGCGACGUGCGUCGUCCAUCCCCUAAACUCAGCCUGCUGGACCGCUUUGUGAACUAUAGCCGCGCCUCCAUGAACUCCCUGCGCUCUGACAAGCACUCCCUCAACAGCCUGGUACUCAGCGAUCCUGACAAACACUCCCUGCUGGUGGGGGAGGAGCUGUGUGAGGAGGAGGAGAUCUGCUGAACACGUAAAGCUCACAUUGGCCUCAGCUAAAAGGGUUGCAUCAAAAAGGCCUAUCCAUCUGCUGUAGGUGCCUCAGGGGCAGCACUGUGGACUAGAAGAAAGCUUUCAUGCCCCUUGUUUUCUUUUAGCUCAGCCAGCUGAUCACAUGCUCGUCUAAACAUGUGGGGGUUUCAUCUUUCAGUUGCAGACUAUCCUUUGUUGAGGUCACUUUCUUGCAGCACACACCAUUCUCCAACCCGUUGACACUUUGAUCCUCCAACACUGCUGUUGGAAGGGGCACGAAGCAUCUUCAGAGCCUUGAAGCAGGUGUCCACAUACAGGAUGCAGAGUGAUGAUUCACUCUGUCACUGUGCUCACCUGCCAGUACAAUCUUUAACACCUAUCCAAAGUUAUCUUAGCAGUGACCCCCCUCGUUGGAGCGGACACUACAGAGUUAUAUUUUAACAAUUUUUCCUUGAAUGGGAAAUUAUAACACUGAUGUAAAAUUAUAUUCCAGAUUAUUUAUAUUACCGUUAUUAUCUUUUUUUGUCAACAUAUUGUGUGAAAAUGAAGUGUUUAAUCCAAAUGCCAAUAUUCAUCUUCCAUCUCCCAAAAUGUGUAAUUACUGAGCGAAGUGAGGCAGAACAACUCAAGUCAAUCAAAGAUGUCUUUACAGUUCAAACUGAGUUGUUCAAAUGCUAAUGGAGUGAGCUGUAAUUGUGGAAAUUACACAAGUGCCAAUCGAAGUGCCACCUUGGCAAAGUCCAACACAUUCCAAAGAUAGCACUGAACACACGUUACCUUGGACUUCACGUGCACAAUGAGUGAACUGUGAGGAAAGGUCAACGACUUAGAGCAGAGAGCUGAAGACUGACUGUGAAUGGUGACACCAGCUACAGGAGGUAUAUCGAUUUCUGUAGCUACGUCAACCUGCUGCAUCAUUAGUUAAUCUGCCUGUCAGUGAAAGUGAAUGUUAAUUCUCUGUUCACUUUGAACAGGCGUUGUUACAUGUGUGACAUUUUGCAUUACUUUAUUUGCUUGUUGCAAAAAGAAGGAAUUCUGUGGUGAUGCAGUUCAUGAUGAGAAGGCCAAAUGUGAAUGCAUUUGUGUUCUGUCAUCACACUACACAAUCUGCGUGUUACUGUUUCUGAUAAUUGUGACUGAUGUUAAAUCCUCUGUGUUUUUCGUAUGAUUGCUGCACUUGAUCAAAGAUACAAUUUAAACCCAGGGGAGCAUGGAACAACCUGGAUCAGCUGACGAGACUCAGCUGUGUCCCAGCAUUUCUGCCAAACAAGUUACUGACAAGCAAAAGUGGAUGAACCAAGUGGAUUAUUUCGUAGUGCUCAUUUUAUUGCUCCCAUCUUGCUACUGUUAAGCUGCCUUUUCUUUCUUGCUGUCAAUCAGAAGUUAAUCACUACACUUUGGCUGAUUUUUGAAUUUGUCUGAUGAUCAGUUUAUCCUGCCGCAUUGUGUUCUGCCGUCAAAGCUCACCGAGUGCAGUUAUGCCAAUCUGCUGUUUGUGCUUUGCUUUGUAAAGACGUCCAUUGGGCUUAAGAUGUGUAAUCAAGUCCAUGUUUCCAGUCUUUCAUAGUUCGGAACUUUAUGUGCCUUGGAAUAAACCGCCUUUGUAACAUCA